AUGACUUCGCUGCGAUCGUGGUUCCAUAUCCCUCGAGGGUCCCACUUCUCACUCGCCAACAUACCCUUCGGCAUCAUCUCAACGGCGUCCUCAACAUCGCCGCGUGUGGCCGUGGCUAUUGGAGACCACGCAUUAGAUCUCGAAGUCUUCGCAGCGAACAGUGGCUUUUCAGGACUGUCACCCAUUCAGCCCCACCAGGCCGUCUUCUCACAGCCCUCACUGAACGCCUUCGCGGCGCUUGGAAGACCGACACACUCGGUCGUACGCAAAUAUAUUCAGAGCGUGUUCUCCGAGAACACAGAGUUUCCAGACGUACUAAAGAACAACGAGUCAUUACAGAAGCAAGCUUUGAUUCCAUUGCAAGAUGUGACAAAGCAUCUGCCCUUUAAGAUUGGUGAUUACACCGACUUCUUUGCUGGCAUGAAUCACGCCUACAACUGCGGCGUCAUCUUCCGAGGACCUCAGAAUGCUCUGCAACCCAACUACAAGCAUUUGCCUGUGGGCUAUCACGGUCGUGCAUCGUCAGUCGUACCAUCAGGGACACCAAUCCGUCGACCGAACGGCCAGAUAUUACUGAACCCUACCGCGGAAAAGAAAGAACCGAUUCUCUCACCCUGUAAGAAGCUCGAUAUUGAGCUCGAGCUCGGUGCCUUCGUCUGCGGCUCUAAUGAGCAAGGGAGCCCUAUACCAAUCGACAAGGCUGCGGAAAAUCUGUUCGGAGUUGUCUUGAUGAACGACUGGUCAGCGAGAGAUAUCCAAGCCUGGGAGUACGUACCCCUGGGGCCAUUCAACGCAAAGAACUUUGGCACGACGAUCAGCACAUGGGUAGUCCUUGCAGAAGCGCUCGAACCUUUCAAAGUCAAAGGUCUCGAGAACGAUGGCAACGUACUAUCGUAUCUUAGAGAGAAAGAUGAGAAGUCAGUAUAUGACAUCAACCUUCAAGUUGAUGUAAAGACGUUGUCCGGCCAUAACACUACAAUCUCGAAAGUGAACGCACGAAAUCUGCUGUGGUCUUUCCCUCAGAUGCUCGCACACCACACCAUCACCGGAUGUCCCUUCCAACCCGGUGACCUCCUUGGUUCCGGUACAAUCAGUGGUGACUCUCCUGCUGCAUACGGUAGCUUUAUAGAACAGAGCCAGAAUGGCAAAGAGCCAAUCAGGCUCAGUGGCGGUGACAUGAGAACCUUCUUGGAGGAUGGUGAUGAGGUAACAAUCAGGGGCGUAUGCGGUGAAGAUGAGGAGACCUUGGUUGGAUUUGGGGAGUGCGUUGGAAGGAUCGAGCCAGCUUUGGAGCUGAAGUUCGAUUGA